AUGGGCGCGCCCGACAAGAAGAAGUAUCGCAGUCCGAGCGAAAGUCACAGCGGGGAGGAGGAGAGCUCCUCGUACGAUGGAAGGGCCAGGAGGAGGAGGCGGCUACUUGAGAAGAAGCGAUCGAUGGGGGAGAAGGAAAAAUAUGACAUGAUGAGUCGUAGGAGAAGAAGAGAAGAAGAAAGCAUUGAUAGUGAAAGGAAAAGACGCAACCGAAUAAUGGUGCACAAAAGAAGCGAUGAAGAAAACGACAACGAUGAUGAUGAUAAUGAUGAUGAUGACGAUGUCGACGACGAAAGUGAUGAUAGUGGAAAGAGGAAGCGUACCAGGCGGAGAAGCGGCAGUGGACACUCUUCCAGAGUGAACCGAGAACGAAGGAUGAAACGUAAAAGGAGGAUCAAAUCAGGAGAAAGUGAAGAGAGGAGGUGCUCCAGUAGCAGCCGAGGAGGAAGUCCCAUGAGGGUGCGAAGAAGGAAGGAAAGCUCAGAGAUGUCUCCAACAAGAAGAAACGCCAAAAGUAGUGAACAAAGAAUUAGAGGCCCGGCCCAUAGGAAUGUGGAAAUGAGGAUGAGGGGUCGCGACAGGUAUGAGAGUCCGGAGAGGAGCUACCACGAAGAGAGGUAUAGGGAUAGACAUAGAGAAAGACGAAUUGGAAGGAGGCAUGUGGGGAGCGAUGACGACGAUAGUGACGACAAUGAUGAUAAUGAUGAUAGGCGAAGGGGAAAAAGAUGGGCCCGUAAGGGGAGCGGUAGUAGCGCCGAUAGUGAUGUGCACCGUGGGAGGAGGUACAGAAACCGUAGCAGGAGUGCGCACAUGAGAGUGCGAGAAGGGCGGAGUCGUCGUAAUGAACGGGAGAGAAGAAGUCGAUCGAGGAGGCGAAGCAGGUCCAGGCGUAGAGGUAGCUCAUCGAGAGGGCGAAAGCGCGAGUGGGAUCGCAACAAAACGUACAAAUUUGAUUCUCCACCUGAGUCGGAAAAUGAGGAAGGAAAAGAAAAAGGCACUAACAGUAUCCUCCUCACUCGUGUAAAAACUGUAGAAGCUGCUAAGGGUGGCGAACAUGUGAUACCCCAUGUAGCCACAUAUGAUAUUCCCAAUAUUAGUAAUAACUGUGCAAUCAGCAAUGAUGGUAAAAGCUCUAGCCAAAUUAAGACCGAUCUGGCAGUUAGCCAAAACUACAACUCUAGUAACAUUGACAACCUAAUUAAAACGUUGAGCAGUAGCAACAAUGUGAUAAGCAGCCUGACAUCAACGCCAAGUAGCAAUCUGUUAAGUACGCUAAGUAGCACCAUUAGCGGCGGUGCGCUUCUUACCGAUUCGUCUAAAUUGGGCAUUAAUGGUCUGAUUCCUCAGGAUGGGAAGAACAAGGCCUUGGGGGAGGAUCUGGCAUUGGCAAGCAACACUACAGGAUUUACUGGUAGUGUACCAGGCUUAGGAUUGAACACACCUCAGCUGAACAUGAUUCUGAAUGGACAACUAAAAUUGGAUAAUCCCGUCCUCCAGCAAUUGUGCAAAAGUGCAUUAGGAAUAAACGACUUGGCUUUACCGUCCCUGGACGCAACUGCGGAGAAAACAGCCAGGGAGCUUUACGUAGGCAAUAUUCCACAGCAUAUCGAGGUGCAGGAAAUUGUAAAAUUUUUAAACAAGUGUCUACUGAUACUUUACAACAAGGAAAGUGGAGAGGAGCAGGAAAAGGAUAACGAAAUGAAAAACGGAAUGGUGAAGGAAGAGGAAAAGCAUAAUCAGAAUCAGUGUGAAGAGAUCUGCCUUAAGGCAUGCAUCAGGGGAGAUACGCACUACGCCUUUGUAGAGUUUAGAACCCUACAGGAUACAUCUAACUGUAUGUUGUUAAAUGGAAUAAAUUUUUAUGGAAAUAACUUACGGAUCGGUAGACCUAAGACAUUUCCUGCAGAAUUAACCAGUCUAAUUCCAGCACCUACGAUCCCGACUAUAGAUACUUGUUAUCUGUCACAGGGAAUCAUAGGGCUGCAAGCUUUCGCUAUCUACCUCCAAAAUGAGGAGAAGAUGAGAAAUGCAUACCUACCCAUGAACAUGAUAAAACUACAAAAACUUUGCGUUUCUAACAUUUCAAAAAAAAAUGAAAAAAGUAAAAUAAAAGAAUUAUUAGAAGCCUUCGGUGAAAUUACUACUUUUGAAUGCUUCGAAGGAGACGACUCUACUGAUACGUAUAUUGCACUGGUAGAGUAUACUACCCCAGAAAAUGCCAUACAGGCGCAGAAGAUUCUAAACCAGAAUACAAGUUACAAAAUACAGUAUGAGUAUGAAAUCUUGAACGAUUCAGUUAUUAAUAAAUUUAUAAAGAGAAAAUACAUGUCUUCCGAAAAUACUAUUCUUUCACAACAAAUUCCAACAAGAACUGUCGUCCUUAGUAAAAUAGCGACCUUCCAUGAACUCUCUGACCCCACUGAGUACCGAGAUAUCGUCGAGGAUAUUAAGGUCGAAUGUGAAAAGUUUGGUUCUGUCAUCGAGGUCGUCUUGCCAAUUUUCUCGCGCGAAACCUUCGACUUCUUAUUAAGGCAGGAAACCACGUGCGAGCCCAGUGCACAAGGGCAUCAGGAACUACCCUUAGGAGAGUCACCCCCCUUACAGGUGAAGCCUCCCGAGGGGCCACCACCGGAGGGAUCACCACUGAAUGGUAUCGCCCCAGAGGUAGUAACUCCACCUGAUGGAUUAGCUCCACCUGAUGGAUUAGCUCCACCUGAUGGAUUAGUUCCACCUGAUGGAUUAGUUCCACCAAAUGAUAUAGCCCCAGAGGAGGACCGCACACAUCCCAACUACGACCUCACCUCCAUCGGUUGUGCCUUCAUUUACUUCGAAACCAUCGAGGCAGCCACGAAGGCGAGGAAGGAACUCAGUGGUCGCAAGUUUGGCGCCAACAUCAUCGAAGCCAACUAUUACAGCGAGAAGAAAUUCCUUCUCAAAGAUUUUAAGGAUGUCAAGUACAACUUUAAGAAGACUCACUCGUCCCUCUUUAAUGUAAAUUUAAAAAUGGGAAAUCUAACCUAUUCGGACUGCUCCGACGAGGGCUGA